UGUUCUGUUGCUGUGCAGCUGACGCAUCCAGCAGUUGCUCGUCUUAAAGUCGUUUCUGUUGCAAGUAAUUUCGUCCAACAACACUCGCCUUCGAUCAUGGGAGGACUCUUGAGCCUUUGUUCGGUCGGCUCGCUGGCAUGUUGCUGUGGCUCGGCGGCGUGCAGCCUGUGUUGUUCGGCAUGUCCGAGCUGCCGCAACUCCACAUCUACGCGCAUCAUGUACGCCUUGAUGCUGCUGCUUACCACCAUCGUGGCCUGCAUCAUGUUGAGCCCGCGCAUCGAGGAACUACUGGAAAAGGUCCCCCGACUCUGUGAGAGCACCGAUGUCUGCAAGAGUGCAGUUGGUUACUUAGCAGUGUACAGACUCCUGUUUGCAUUGACACUCUUCUUCAUCGCCUUCUCGAUGAUGAUGAUUGGUGUGAAGUCGUCCAAAGAUCCAAGAGCCGGCAUACAAAAUGGAUUCUGGGCUUUAAAAUAUCUGGUGUUAAUCGGUGCCAUGGUGGGUGCAUUCUUCAUACCAAACGGAGCAUCAUUUGGCCAAGUUUGGAUGUACUUUGGCAUGAUCGGAGGGUUCCUGUUCAUCCUGAUUCAGCUGAUCCUGAUCAUUGACUUUGCGCACAGCUGGGCAAACAGCUGGGUCGAGAAAUUUGAAGAGAGUCAGUCCAAGGGCUGGUACUGUGCUCUGCUGACAUUCACCCUCCUUCACUAUGCCCUGGCCAUUGCAGCUGCUGUCUUGUUCUACAUCUUCUACACUCAGGCUGAAGGCUGUUCACUGCAGAAGUUCUUUAUUAGCAUCAACCUGAUCAUCUGCGUCAUCCUCUCAGUGGUAUCAGUCCUGCCUAAAGUUCAAGAAGUCCAGCCCUCGUCCGGUUUGCUCCAGUCAUCGGCCGUCACUCUUUACAUAAUGUAUCUCACCUGGUCGGCCAUGAACAACUCUACGAGCAAACAGUGCAAGCCAUCACUAGGCCUGACUCAGGAAGGAAGCAAGUUUGACACGCAGAGCAUCGUCGGCCUCGCGGUCUGGUUCGUCUGCGUUCUCUACUCGAGCAUCCGCACUUCAUCCAACUCCCAAGUCGGCAAGCUCACCAUGUCCGAGAAGAUUCUUGUCAAGGAGACUGGGACCAAGUCCACCGCACUUGUGGGGAGUGAAGAUGCCAGUGCUGGUGGUGAUGCAGAGGCCAAGGUGUGGGAUAAUGAAGACGACGGGGUGGCCUACAGCUGGUCGUUCUUCCACUUCAUGUUUGCACUGGCUUCGCUGUACGUCAUGAUGACCCUGACCAACUGGUUCCAGCCAAGUGACGACCCCAAGAACCUGAUUGAGAACAAUGCCUCCAUGUGGGUCAAGAUGACAUCAAGCUGGAUGUGCUCUGCUCUCUACCUGUGGACCCUAGUCGCACCACUGGCCCUGCCAGACAGGGACUUCAGCUAAAUACGACCUCCUGUCAGGCUGUGUUACAUUUUUUUAAUUUUAAUUAUUGUUUCAAAGUCUCGUGCUGCUAGGUAGAAGUUGUACCUUUUGUUGUGUAAAAUAGUUGUUCUCGUUUUUCUUCGAAGCAAGGAAAGCUUUUUAUGUUUAUACAAAAGCCUGUCGAAGCGUUUGAGUUAAUUUUUGUGAUUGUUGUGUCUAAGGUGCUACGUAAUGUGUGUUGGCACCUUUAUUUACACAUUUCACCUGUACAUAAGUUGGUGUCACAGUAAGUGUCAAAUAUAAACAAGGAACAAACAAUCCUAGAGCUUGGUUUUCUCUUACCUUUGCUCCCCUUCUUUCCGAGUUCUUCGGACUUCGUAAAAUGCCAACACUAUUUGACCUCUUAGUUCUUAUGAUCUUCAUUUCAUUUCAACAGUGUGUGUAGUUUUCCUCAUUGAAGUUAGAAAUGAGUUGUGAUUUUGUGUUGAAGCUUCUGUAAGUUCAAGGAAGCACUCUUUGAGACAAUAUGUACACAACAUCUUUAAUCUCAGUGCUCCUGUCAUCCACCGAAUUAAACACAAAUGUUCUUACUUUCAGUCAAUAAAGUUUGCUGAAACACGU